AUGAGCGCAAUCCUCUCCGCAGACGACCUCAACGACUUCAUCAGUCCGGGCGUCGCCUGCAUCAAACCAAUCGAAACCCUCCCCGCCGCGCCGCCCACCCCGCCCCAAGAUGCGUCUCUCGAGCACGAAGUAAUCCUCGACGGCCAGCCCGCCAACAACGGCUCUGCCGCCGCCGCGCCCGCCGAGAUCUCCCUGACAGACUGCCUCGCCUGCUCCGGCUGCGUCACAUCCGCCGAGGCCGUGCUCGUGAGCAUGCAGUCGCACACCGAGGUCCUCAACACCCUCGACUUCGGCCCCGCGCUGCGCAUCGUCGGCCCCGACGAGAGCGGCCAGUUCCGCGUCGACGGCCUCGAGGACGAGAGCAGGCGCCUCUUCGUCGCGAGCGUCUCGCCGCAGACCCGCGCCAGCCUGGCCGCCGCGGUUGGCGGCGGCGCCACCGAGAAGGAGGCCGGACACAUGCUCGACGGGCUCCUCAGCGGGCCGGAGGGGCUCGCGCGCGGGGGCAAGUGGAAUAACGGCUUCACAUGGGUCGUGGACACCAACGUCGCGCGCGAGGCGUGUCUGGUCCUCAGCGCGGAUGAGGUACUUGGUGGUGCCGGUGCUGAGAACGCUGCUGCGCCGACGUCUGCUCCGACGAAGCCGAUCCUCACGUCCUCGUGCCCCGGAUGGGUCUGCUAUGCCGAGAAGACGCACCCCUACGUCCUCCCGCACCUAUCGCGGGUGAAGUCGCCGCAGGCUUUGAUGGGCACGCUACUCAAGACUACGCUGAGCAAGAAGCUCGGGAUCCCGCCGAGCAGGAUCUGGCACCUGGCUGUUAUGCCGUGCUUUGACAAGAAGCUGGAGGCCAGUCGCGAGGAGCUCACGGACACGGUGUGGGCGGGAGACGGCAAACCAGGGCGCGGGGUUCGCGACGUCGACUGUGUCAUCACUAGCAAGGAGGUUCUGAUGCUCGCGGAAUCAAGAGGCUUCAAUUUCUUUGACCUCCCCCGGAGUAACCCUAACCUCCAACGCGCGACUUUCCCUGACGACCGCCUGGAUAAGUUCCUUUUCCCGCGACGUGCGGCCCACCGCUCCUCUCAGGCGGCGGGCUCGUCAGGCGGUAACCUCUAUUUCACUCUCCAAACGGUGGCUUCCAAGCACCCCAACUCCCAAAUUCAAACAAUCCGUGGACGAAAUGCCGAUGUUACUGAGUACAUUGUCGCAUCCUCCACAGGAGACCCGAUUUUCAAGGCCGCCAGGUAUUACGGCUUCCGUAAUAUCCAAAAUCUGGUGCGCAAACUGAAGCCAGCGCGACCAUCUCGUUUGCCUGGCGGCAAGGCAUUCGGUGCCGCAAGGCGACCCAACGGCAAGCCUGCGGGCCUCGAGUAUGCCUAUGUCGAGGUGAUGGCCUGCCCGGGCGGCUGCACCAACGGCGGUGGUCAGAUCAAGGUUGACGAUCCCAUCAUCGUCGAGCGCAAGGGCUUUGCGACCAAGCCCGGUCCGCUGGAGCAAAAGGACUUCCUUGCCGAGGUUGACGAAGCUUACUUUUCGGCCGAGGACUCAGACGGCGAAGAGGUCGUCUCUCAAAAUGGUGAGAGCCGAGCAGAUAUUGUCGAUGGAAUUUCGCCUUCUUACGUUCGAGAUACGCUGGCGCAUUGGGCGGACAUUACUGGCAUAGACUUGGGUAGACUGGCGCUCACCACGUAUCGCGAGGUGAUUAGCGACGUAGGCAAGGACAAGACGACCGAGACGGAGCGCGUCAUCCAGUUGGCGGGCAAGAUUGGCGGAGGCUGGUAG